AUGCGGAGCCUCCUGCGAUCUCAAAUCCUGAGAAACCUCAAUCGCCAAUGUGACAACACAGCCUGUAUCGCGCCAGUCAAUGCGCAACGACUGAUCACUCAUCGCUAUUCCACAUCCACCUCACUCUCGACCAAAACUCGCACAUGGUCCCUUCGUCCAUCACAACAACAAAACCAGCCUGCUGCAUCUCGCCGCCGCUCAUUCAUCAACCUCGCCAACAUCCUCCAGAACGCUACUAACAACAACAAUGGCAAUAAUAAUAAUAAUAAUCAAGAAAUCCGCACUCUUCGAGCCACCCGCACGCUGCCUUUUCCUCCUUCUCCGCUCUACGAAAUCAUCUCGUCCGUCGAGUCCUAUGCCGAAUUCCUGCCGUUCUUGGCUGCCUCCACGGUGACAGCACGCGACCCUCAAUCGGGCUAUCCAUCGCAAGCGUUCCUGACCGUGGGCUACGGACCCUUUAAAGAAACAUUCACUUCGCGGGUGACAUGCGACCGGUCACAAUGGGUUGUCGAAGCGCGGAGCGGCGGCGGAGUAGGAGACGAUGGGAGACCAGUGCCCGGUGAUGAUGAAGGUCUUUUCAGUCAUCUUAGCACAAAAUGGCAGCUUGUCCCCGAAACAGAACAACAACAACAAAAAAACGGGGACCAGGUUAAUACCCAGGUUCAACUGGAGAUUCGCUUUCGCUUCCAGAAUGCAAUGCACACGGCCAUGAUGGGGGCUGUGGAGGACAAGGUUGCUGCUGUGAUGAUUGAGGCGUUUGAGCGCCGGAUAAAAGAGGAAAUGGUGCGGAAGUUGUAG